AUGAAGAGGUCCGACUACAUGACGGGAGGCCGUCGAGGCGGCUCCUUGAGGAGCACGAAAUCCAAGUUGCCGCCUUUUCCCAUGAGACAGAUGUUUGUACUCGCCCUUUGCAGAAUAUGCGAACCGAUUGCGUUUAUGUCCAUCUUCCCGUAUGUCUACAGAAUGGUCGAGAACUUCAACAUCACCGAGGACAAGAGCAAGAUUUCCGUCUACGCCGGCAUGAUUACGUCGGCCUUCACCUUGGCCGAGUUUUCGACGGGAGUCGUUUGGGGACGGCUCAGCGACAAGAUUGGUCGCAAGCCUGUUCUUUUGAUGGGCCUAUUCGGCACGGCCUUGAGCUCUCUGGUUUUCGGAUUUGCCUCUAACUUGACUGUUGCGCUCAUUGCGCGAGCUCUGGGUGGUUUAUUAAAUGGAAACAUUGGAGUCCUGCAGACGACCGUCGCAGAGUUGGUUACGGUCAAGGAGCAUCAACCUCGCGCAUACACCAUUAUGCCCCUAGUUUGGUGCCUUGGCUCAAUCGUAGGACCUGCCCUAGGUGGCUUGCUUGCUGAGCCCGUUGUCAACCACCCGAAGUAUUUCAGAGCGGGUUCGAUUUGGGAGCAAUACCCUUUCCUCUUGCCCAAUCUUUUCAGCGCCGCCACUGUAUUCUGCGGAGUCGUCAUCGGCUUGCUCUUUCUGGAGGAAACUCAUGCGGAGCGCAAGAAGAGGAGAGACCCCGGUGUGGAACUGGGAAAGCGCAUCAUCUCAUGGGUGUCGACCAAGAGCUGCCAGAUCCCAGCACGCAAAGCAGAGAAGCAGGCACUGCUUGACGAUGACGAACUUCCUGGCUACCGCACGAAUGAGAGCUCUCCUCAACUUGUGGGGUCCGAGUCUUCGAUCCCGGAGCCCACGGAACCCUUGGAUCUUACCAAGACAUCAGACAUCGAAGAAAUCGAGGAGCAGCCCAAAGUGAUAUUCACCAGGCCAGUCAUCCUGAAUAUCAUCUCGUACGGUAUCUUGGCUUUCCACACCAUGACCUUUGAUCAAUUGUUUCCUGUGUUUCUCAGCACCGCGCCCCCGGAGAACCCGGAUACACAUCUUCCUUUCAAAUUUGCCGGGGGCUUCUCGAUGAAGACGGAAUCUAUUGGCAUCAUUCUUGCGGUUCAGGGUGUCUACUCCAUGAUCUCUACGGUCUUCGUCUUCCCGUGGAUCACCCAACGUCUCGGCCCCUUGCGUCUGUUCAGACUGUUGGCAAUUUCGUACUUCCUGCUUUACUUCACGACACCCUAUCUGGCUCUGUUGCCGGAGAACUGGCGAAUGGUCGGAAUCUAUGUCAUGGUUAUUUGGAAGUGCACUUUCUCGACCAUGGCCUAUCCCAGCAAUGCGAUUUUGCUCACAAACUCGGCACCGAGCCUCAUGUCCCUCGGAACAAUCAACGGUGUUGCCGCCUCGACUGCGAGCUUGUGCAGAGCUUUCGGACCCACCAUCUCCGGUUUCCUCUAUGCUCUGGGUAUCCAGUCCGGCUACUCGGGUCUCGCUUGGUGGGUCAGCGGUGCCAUCACCAUUUGCGGCGCAUUCCUCAGCAUGCAUCUCACCGAGCCUCGUGGACGUCUGGACGAGCCUGUCAAGGACAUUGAGACAGCUGUGGAACCCACCGAGAUCGAGGGUCUGCUAGCUCCCAUGACAGACGACGAAUAUGAGGUUGUGGCCGGUCCGAGCCGGAGAUCGUGA